CUUCAUAUCAGUCUGUAGUCUGCAUCUACCCAGUGCCAACAUCACUGCGGCGUAGCCUGGGAUUACCAUGGGCAGGCAUGCAGCUCUUAGCGUCAUCGUUUUGAUAGUCUGUCUCUCCACUCCAUGUCUCGCGGGCCGAAAACUGCUCGUUUUCCUAAUAGAUGGCUUUCGCCAUGAUUACAUCAAUGAGACGGAGCUGCAGAAUUUGCCGGGGUUCCGAGAGAUCGUACAGAUGGGCAUCCAAGCCCAGUACCUAACUCCGGACUUUCCCAGCAAUUCGUAUCCUAAUUACUACUCCCUCAUGACUGGACAUCAUUGUGAAGUGCACCAGAUGGUUGGAAAUUACAUGUGGGAUGAGAAAACAAACAAGUCCUUCCUGAUUGGUGAGAAUGAAGACAGCCGGCUCCCUAUGUGGUGGGAUGCAUCGGAACCCAUUUGGGUUUCCAUGAUGAAGAACAACAGAAAUGUUUACAUGUAUUUCUGGCCAGGUUGUGAGGUUAAGAUCCGGGAUGUGAUUCCAACGUACUGUCGAAAUUACUACUACAACCCAUCUGACCAAGACAUUGAGGCUGCUGUUUUAGAUGCUCUUGAUAACUUCAGGCAAGGGAAAGCGGAUAUGGCUGCAGUGUACUAUGAACGGAACGAUGUUGAAGGUCACCAUUUUGGUCCCCUGUCAAAGCAGAGGAUAGAAGCCACCAAAGCACUGGAUGAGACUUUAAGAAAAAUGAACGUGAAAAUUAAGGAAAAGGGACUCCAGAAUGACUUGAAUGUUAUUCUGUUUUCGGAUCAUGGAAUGACAGACAUUUCCUGGCUGAAUAAGGUUAUCGAACUCGAUAAACAUGUAAGCAUGAUGGAUAUAUUGGUCAUGAUGGAUCGAGGCAGUGUGGUGAGCAUAUGGCCUCAAGAAGGAAAAUUAAACAAGGUGUACGACAGCCUGAAAAAAGUAAAGGAAAUGAGUGUGUACAAGAAAGAUGAAAUUCCAGACCGAUACCAUUAUAAAGGUGGAAAAUUUGUAGCACCGCUUACUCUAGUCGCUCAACCAGGAUGGUUUAUUAUUGAGAAUAUACAAAAACUGCCUUAUUGGGGGAAUGGAACAGGGAUCAAAGAACAAGAGCAGAAAGGGUGGCAUGGCUAUGACAACAUGCUGAUGGAUAUGAAGGGGUUCUUUCUGGCAUACGGACCAGAUUUCAGAAUGAACCAGAAGGUUCCCGCGAUUAGGGUGGUUGACGUCUAUAACCUCAUGUGUCAUGUUGCUGGAAUCAAGCCAUUGCCAAACAAUGGUUCCUGGAGCCACGUGGAGUUAAUGCUGAGAAACAAGGCCAUUGUGACCCUCAGAGCAGAAGCUGGUAUCAUCAUGAUGACAGUAACACUUGCUUGGAUGCUUCUCUAAUGUUUUUAAGUCCUUUCAGUGUUUAUUAUUUUAAUUAAAAUUUUGGCCAAGAUUGUUGUACAGUAUUUGGUUAUUCUUCAAUUUGCUUCUAACAUUGAAUUUUGUAAUGAAACUUUGCACCUGUAUUUCUUUAAAAUUAUAUUUUUGGGGCAAAGGCAUAUUUUAAGACUUCAGUACAAACAUUAGUCAUUGAACACUACAGCCAAGAAUCAGGCCUUUCAGCCCAUCUAAUCCUUGCCAAUCUAUUAAUCUCUCUAGUCCCAUCGACCUGCACCAGGAUCAUAGCCCUUUGUACCUCUCCCAUUCAUGUACUUAUCCAAAGUUCUCUUAAAUGUUGAAAUCAAACCCACAUCCACCAUUUCCAUUGGAAUUUCAUUCCACACAUACACAUCCUGAGUCAAGAAGUUCUCCUAAAUGUUCCCUUUAAACAUUUCACCUUUCACCCUUAACCCAUGACCUCCAAUUGUAAUCUCACCCAACCUUAGUGGAAAAAGCAUGCUUGCAUUUACCCUAUCUAAUUGUUUAAGGAGCAUUACUGAAAAUAACGUAAAUGAUUACUUAGUUGCUUACUGGGAUGAAGAUGGCUGCAUUUAAGGGUUCCCCUUCAAGGUUGAAAAUUUGCAUUGUGAUUAUGCCAUAAAUACGCUUGCUGUGAAGAUCACACCUCUUGAUACCAGUUCACAUGGAGUUGAUUAUGAUAAUAGUUCAGCUUUGCCAUGUCAUGUCCUCUGAACAUCUGCUGAUGUUCAGCUUGGAGACAUCUCUGGUGACAUCACAGCUGAUAGAGCCACUACCUCACAGAUCCAGUUCUGCUGUUGGGUGCUGUCUUCAUUGAGGUAACACCUUCUCUUCUGUUACUGCAUAGGUUUCAGGAAAGCACAGUAGUGUAGCUGAUAAACCUGCCGCAGUGAUGCAGGGCCAAUCCAGUGAGGAAUUUGCACAUUCUCCCUGUGUCUGCCUGGGUUUCCACUGGGUGCUCCAGUUUCCUUCCAUAUUCAAAGCCAUGCAGGCUGAUUAGGUUAAAUGAUCAUUGUUCAUAAUCACAAUGGUGCAGGUGAGUGGGUAGAAUCAGAUGAAGUUGAUGGGAAUGUGGCAAGAAUUAAAUGGGAUCAGUGUAGGGAUAGGUGUAGAUGGGCAGUCUUCUGUUUCUGAAUGAACGUGGUCACUCAAACUUACCUACUGAAUGAGACUUCAACCUCUGCCCAUCAUCCGUGAUUGACACACAAGCAAAACAGACAUUGAUCAAAACUACUCACCGUGGUUUCAGACGAUCUGAAAUCGAAAUGCCAAUAUAACUGUUAUGUUCCUACACUGUGGUGAAACCCUUCUCCUUCCAACAGACGUGGUGGGACUCGUGCUAAUUCAAACACUUAAUAUAAGGAUCUGCCUAAAAUGGAGGAGUUGCUGAGAAAAGGCAUGAAGGGUUCUACAUUCCCUUGACCAAUCUCUAAUGUCCUCUCUGGUCUUGAAUUAUUAAGGGUAUCCAAGACUUUUAUCAAUAUGUAAUGUGUUUACUCUUAAUGAAUAAAAAUUAUUUAAAUUUAUA